AUGAGCAGGGAAGAGGCCGCGGCUCGUCCCCGCAAGAAACAGCGCGUUGGAGCCAUCCCACCGCUAGCGACAGCCAGCACUCGAGCCAGGUUCGCGUUCGGUUCGCGACUUCUUGACACUGGUACAAACUUGGUGAAGAGCAACGGAAAGAAGAAACUGCGUAUUUCGACUCGAUCGAGUCACGAGCACGACGUGCGAUCUACAGUCAACCACAGGAAAAGGAGAAGGCCCACAUCACAGGACGAGGACGAAGCGACAUCCGAUGCAAAGUCUUCGCAUCGAAAACUGACAGUGAAGACGGCGUUGCCUCGUCAGAGUAGCUACCUACCUGCUCCAACGAAAGUGUCGGCUUUGUUGAGCAGUUCAAAUAUCCAUACGAAAUCGCCGUCAAAUGGGACUUUUAGACUCAAGAACCAGGAAUCGACCAAAGAGGGAGAGGUGGUAGCAGACAUGGCUACCACUGAACCUGAAUUUUGGAUCACGCGUCGAAAAAUGAUGGAGACGGCGCUGAAGGAGCUGGACGCGAUCGAAAAUAUCAAUUGGCGCUGCAGACGAAUCCACUACGUCUUCAUGCAUCGUGUUCUGUGUAAUGUUGCUAUCAGGACGAAGGCGCUGACGUCUGCGGGGGUGGCGAUGUUAGGAGAAGUUCUUGGUCAUGUGCUGAAGCAUAAAACGCUGCGUGGUCUCUCACCUCGGCAAAUGCUCGCAUUCUUUGCAUUUGGUGGUGUCGUAACUGGUCCGGUCUUGCACUUCUGGUACGGGUAUCUUGAAACUCAACGCGUGGCGAAGAAGAAAUUGACUCCCAACAGAAAGCUACUGCUCGAUCGCCUCCUCUUCACACCACCCAUGGUGGCAUUUACCAUUUUCUCGCUCGGAAUUAUGCGUGGCUCGAGUCCUAAAGCCUCACGCGAAAACCUCUCGCGCGUGUACUGGAACGCGCUGCUUAUGAAUUGGAAGGUGUGGACGCUAACACAGUGGUUGUCCUUCCACUGCGUCCCGCCGCAGUUUCGCGUGCUAUGGGGCAACUGCGUUGCGCUUUGGUGGAAUUCGUACUUGUCGCUCACACAGAAAUAG